AUUCCCUGUGCCAUCGUUAGACCGCACCCGAAACCAUGGGGAUUCUCUAGCCUCCUGCCUCCCGUCCCCAAGUGCACUCACUCACUUGCUAAUUGCACCUUGGCCCGUCUUACCGGCUCGGCUCUCUUUGGCUUUGAGGCCAGACCCACCGCUGCGGCUCGCAUCCGCCCUACCCAUGUCCUCGCUCGCGGCUGAAGUUGUCACCCCUGAGCAUGUCAGCUUGUCUUCUGCGCGGCCCCAGAAAUGCCCAUCACUACCCAAGACCAGGAUGGUUCUCCCAAUCUGCUUAGCUCCCUCCUCAGAGGCACCGCCCCAGAAACAGUACCGUCUAUGUAUUGUGUAUCUCCUCGAUUUUUCCCAAUAUGACAUGGGCCGAGUUCCAUCCCAUCCUCCCUCCCCCACAAGGCCACUCAAGGAACGAUUCUUGCCCUUGCUGUCCAUCAGCACUCGCAACGACCGGCUGCCCAGGUAGCUGUUGCUCUCCGCUUCCCAACUCGGACGCAAUCGUACAUUAAACAAUUUCCUUUUCCUCCUCUCGGGCUCGACCUGUUCUUCCAUCAUCUCCCGUCUCCUCCCCAUCGUCUCGGUGCCAUACACCCACCACACAUGCUCUCUGCUGGUCACAAGCUUCAACAGCACUUACACCACGCCGAUCACAACAUCUACCACUGUCCCCAGCCGCCUCCGUCUCCUCCGUCGAAGCAAUUACGCGUCUUUGCUAUUUCCGUCCGCCAUUGUCUCACUUGUUGAUCAAGUCGUGGCACCAUGGUCUUCUGUGCGUACUGCGGGAAGAGCUUCACCCGCAAGGAGCAUCUGGAGCGGCACAUCCCAAGCCAUACCAACGUGAAGCCUCAUAGGUGUAGUGCUUGUCAGCUUUCCUUCGCCCGCAGGGAUCUCCUACAAAGACAUCACUCUACGUACCAUGAGGCCAGAGAUCCGAUGGAGCCUCUUCCCGGCGGAGUUCCCACCGUUGCCGGCAGGACGCCUAUAGCUUGCCAGAACUGCGCGAGCGCGAAGACCGGAUGUGACAAGAGGGUCCCAUGCAGUCGCUGCGCCGAGAAGAACCUGCCGUGUGCCGCUCGCUUCGCCCGCCGCUCCUCCAAGGCUGCCGUGAGAGCGGCACAAGCCAGUGCUGCCAUGAGCAGCCAGUGCGUGCCUGGGGCUCAGACACCAGCAAUGCCGGCCGUCUCAUCCUCGAUGAUGGACAUGGACCAGAAUCUGACCAGGUCGAGCUCGCCAGGCAGAGGCUCCCCUGCAGACGACGUCGCAUGCGCAGACUUGAAGAUACUCUCCAGCCCGCAGCAGCAAAAGUCGCCCCAUGAGGACAACCACUUCAGCCCCGGCGCAUUUUCGCCUCACCACAAGCUGGAUGUCAUGAACGAGUUCAUGCACCUCGGGACGGACUUUGUGACACAGGACCACAACUACUCAGACCUGCUCGUCUGGCCUGAAUACCCCAUGGAGCUGGAUAUCUAUUCAAACGCCAUGGCUAUGCGGCCAGACAUGGGCCACGGUAUGCCCGCUUUUGCAGAUGUCAGCGACUCGUGUUCCAAUUCUGAGCCCAUGACAGCUACUUCCUCCCGCGCUUCAGUCCACACCAGGGGCACGAGCAUCAUGUCAACCGCGAGCUUCGACCCCAACAAGUGCAUCGAUAUGGCCAUGCGGACCCCAAAGGACGCAAACAUCCCCGAAUUCGAAGUCGUCAUUGCUUCGGAGAAUUCAUGGCCAAUGGCCAGGUGCAACCCGCCCACCUUCUCCGGCAACUGCCCACGGACGGCCAUCGUCCAUCUAGAGGCGCUCGAGCAGAAAUGCCAGCAAGAAGGGACCUGGGACUCGCUGGAGAAAUACCUGGGUCAGUUUGGAAACGAAGCACCUCACAUGCCACAAGUUGUCCCAAUCACCUCCCGGACACGCGACAAGAUGACAGCCAUCACACAGUCCUUCCUGCACAAGGCACUCGAUGUCCACAGGUUAGGGGCCAAUGGUUACUCAAAAUCAGGUUAUGCCAGCCCGGGAGGCAUGUGCAACUUCAUCAUGCUGCCGCCGUCCAGCGUUCUUGAGUACUUCCUCAAGAGCUACGUACGCAGCCUGUACGGGUAUUACCCGAUGAUUUUUGCCAUGAGUCUGGACCCGAACGAGAUGGUUCAGAACACCCAGGCCGCAACGUUACUAGUCCUGCUUAUGAUAGCGCGCGGUGCAGCGUCCGUGCCGAUGCCAGAGGCAAGGUACCUAUCAGCCGGCCUCACAGAGACUUGCCGGAUCUCACUAUUCGACAUCAUCGAGAAGGAUGUUGAGCUAUCAGCAGACCCGAUCGCGCUGCGCUGCGCGCUCCUGUUCACCCUCCUGGGCGCGUGGAGUGGAGACAAGUGGCAGAUGGAUAUUGCCAUGGGUCAGCGGGGCAUGUAUCUGACGAUGUUGAAACACGCCGGCAUGCUAGAGCCACAACCCUCGAUGAUACCAGCAUUCAAUGACUCGACGAGCACCGAGCUUCAGUGGAGGGCAUGGAUGCACCGUGAGACACAGAAUAGGCUUGUCUACAACUGGGUCAUGGUGGACCAAGAGCUGAGUCUCUUCCACGAUACUGCGCCCAUACUGUCCAUUUCGGAGCUUCACUGUCCUCUGCCGGGAUCUGAAAUCUUGUGGCUCUCGCCAAAUUCUGAGCAAUGGCUGGCUGGGAUUCAGUCCCUCUAUGGAUGCACCAACAACGUGAACCCUCAACUACUUACCACCCCUUCUCUCACCCCGUCGCUCUUUGACCUCUUCCAAGACUUCCUGCAUGACAAUCUUUCCCGUCGGCAGUCCAGCUUGACCCCACAACAACUCCGUCUGCUUCUUCACCCUAUCCAGUCCUUACUCUGCCACCUGCGGCAGAUGCUGUCGUGCUUCUCGGAUAUCCUCGGCGCAAGGCGGUCAACGGCUCGUACUGUGACAAGAGCCUCGACAUUCCAACGCCUGGAAGAAGUCCAGGCCCUGCUCCAAAAGUGGUAUGAGCUUGCCAUAGCCCAGCACAAGGCCAACCCGAACUGCACGAAAACACAAUGCAAUAUUGUGCUGUACCACCUCAUCUCCCUGAAUGCGGUGACAAACUUCCCCGAGAUCGAGAGGUUGGCCCGCAGGGAGGGCUUUGAGGCCGGUGGUCCAACCUACUGGGAACUGAGCCUGAGGCACAAGAGGUGCAUCUACCAGCGCGAGGAGGCCAUCUUCCACUGUGGCCAAGUCCUACGACUACUGCGAUCGAUACCUGCGGAUAAGCUACCGCCGUGGUGGAGCACCGCGACAUACAGGGCCACACUCAUCCUGUGGACGGACGCCAUUGGGAGGCUCGACCCAAGCUUCAAGACAGCCCUGAACGACGGGUCAAGCCCCGAGAGCGGAAGCGCCCCGAGCAGUUCCGUCGUGGCUGUCGACCGAGUAACGCCUGAGGACCCGGCGGUGAUUGCAUAUCUCUGGAGCGGCGAUGGUACAGCUGUACUCUCGCGGGACAAUGGGGCGGCGGUGAGCCUGGACAGCCCCGCCAACAUUCUGGAAGUCGGAAUACAGACUAUUGAUGGUGGAAUAAGUACACGAAUCGGGGACGGAAUCAAAAGGAAGCUGGCCACACUGGCGGACAGCUGGAGUUCGGAUAUGAUAGGCGCCGUGGCUGCUCAAUGACGGAUUACUGGCGUCGUUUGAUUAUUUGUCUUUUUUUUUUCUUUUCUUUUUCUUUUGUCACUAACUUAGAAAUUUGGUCACACUGGGUCCACAGGACAGGUGGUUACAAGGAUAUCUAGACAACCCCGGGGGGGGGGGAUGGGCUGGAUGGCUUCGGGCAGAAGAAGCCCUUGAUUCGGCGUUUACGGGGAAUGGGACUCGAUUCUACUUGACGCCCGUCGAGUAUGAUGAUUCAUGAUGCG